GCGUGCAACCAGUAUAUUACCGAACCAUCCGUGAAAAAUGGAUCUUAUUACUAUGGAUACUUCUCGAUUCCGUUUGAAAAUGGAUAUAAUUUACUUUUAUCUUUGUCAAAUGACACAAAAUAUGGAAAUCGUGGUGUAAAUCAAAUUGGAUUUCGAUUUGGUUUUCUGGAUCAUAAUGCUAGUUCAAUUAUUUCCAUUCAAGUUUCUGACUCAGAGAAUGUUAACUUGAAAGGGAAUAUUUCUUCAAUAUUUUUACAAUCAGUUACACAAGCUAAUACCUAUCAAAUUCUUGUAGGAGAAGUAAAGUAUCUUAAUAAUACAAAC